UUACACCAAAUUGUGCUGCAACCAACAACCACUAUCAAAUAGCGUCAUAUUAGAAAUGGUUGCAGCAGCUGAUACUCAAACUAUGACUAUAGUAGCAAAGAAGAUGAGGAAGUAUUUAUGAUGUUGAAGAAGAAGGCUGGUGAUGGUGAUAUUAAUCAGCACGUAUUCAAAGAGAUAUCUCGAACCGUCUCACUGGACGCUGUACGACAGCUAGGAGUGGCACUGGAUGAUAAUAUUGGGUACUUGAAUGGUCGGGUUGACUUCCCAAUUCUCAUCCUUCGGAUGGAUGGCGAAGAUCUCCUAGAUUUCAUUAAGGAUCCAAGCUACGAAUCCGAAAUGAUGACUAUAUUCAGUAGGAUUUCAAUUCCUCAGCAGUUUAAUGGCAAUGAGAAACUUUACGUUAAAGAUUAUUUCAUGGAAGCCGUGAAACAACUCACAGUAGAUCAUGGGAUGCCACCUUCUUCGGAUGCUUUUGUCAUGAACAACAUAAUUCAACCGUCUUUGGAAACCUACGCUAAGAAUGUUAGCGGUGAUAGUCGUGGUUGUGUGCCGGAUGAUAAUACGACCACCUUCUUAUUGGAAGAAUUCGAGAAAUUUGGACACAUAUUGGUACAACAUCUAAAAGAAGAGCCUAUUAUUGUUGCACAUACCCAAAUCACAUUUGAUGGAAGUAAAAUCAAGAAACUCUUAACCAGCAAAUCCAACUUACUAGAAAAGACGUUGGACAUGGCAGUGAUAGAGAUACAAAGAGAUUCGGAAUCAGUACUGCUGCUACCGUGUAAAGAAAUUUUUCUUGUCAUGUUUGGUCAUUUGGGUCCAUUAACAGGCUUGCCUCCUUAUGGAGCCAUUCACCAGAUUGAUAAAAUUGUGGACGAAGUAUUUAUGAAAAAUAAGGCUGAAGAAGAAGAAGAAAAGAUGAAAAUAAUGGAAAAUGAGGAUAAGGUUAAGUACUUGAAGAUGUUAAUGAGAAUGUUGUUGGAGCAUAUCAUGCUGGAGUUAGAGGCUAACAAAUCAAUAUCAGUCUCAUCCAACUCUGUCAUUCACACAUGAUACAACACUUUAACAUGUGUCAAUUGUCUUAAUUAUUGUUUUCUAAUAACAAUUACCUCUAUACUCUUAUAUUCUUAUGUAGAGAGGUUGUGAUUUUUUUUUCGAUUUUUGAAAAUUAUUCUGAUUGUAGCAACAUUGGAACGAUGUGGGAAGUUAAUAGUAUACCGGAAAGCCAAAACCUUCUUACCUGAGUCACAUGAUGUGGAAUCAUGUGUUGCAUACUAGCAUAUAUAGAUUUAAGCUGCAAUGGCAUCACUUUGCACAAUUUACUAGGAGUUGAAUGUUUCAGUUAAAUCCAAUGAAACACAACAAUGAUGAAAUGGAUUAAUAGCUAAAUCUUGACGGGAGUCAGAAUUGUCAUACAACAAUACUCCGAAAAAAAAAAAAAUGUUAGUAUGAUGCCUUUCUGUACCCCAAUCAUAUUCUAGUGAGCACAUUGUCAAUCAUCUUGUAAAUUAAAGCUGUUAUUUCUGUAUCUUUUUCCUUAAACACCUCAAAGACACAAACA